CAGGAUCCCAACAGAGCGGAGACAGCUGAAGGGAGAGGAGCCGGACCAAACCGUAAAGUCUUCAAAUCCGUCUUCAUCCGUGGAGAUAAAAGGAGAAACUUUAUUAAAAACAUCGAGAGCAGAAAGUUCACAGUCUAAGCUUUCUAACGAGCCCCGUAUUGUGAAAAUAUGACGUUUGUAGAAUUUUAAAACAAGUGGCGAAAGAUUGGGAGAGCCGAUAAUAUCCGGAGACAACACACAGAGGAACAAUUCACCGCUCACAGGGAUUUUGAUGUGUGGGCUGUUGUGAUCAUUUCCACCUUUCACAGACUUUGGCUUCAUAACUGAACAUUUUUGGAUAUUUUAGAGCUAGCAAUCGAGCUUGCUAGCUUAAAACAAAUCGCUAAUAAUGGAGUUAAGAGUGGGAAACCGAUACAGACUGGGCAGGAAAAUUGGAAGUGGAUCAUUCGGAGACAUUUAUCUGGGUACUGACAUCUCCGUUGGAGAGGAAGUCGCCAUCAAGUUGGAAUGUGUGAAGACGAAACAUCCACAGCUCCACAUAGAGAGCAAAAUCUACAAGAUGAUGCAGGGUGGAGUUGGUAUUCCUACGAUAAAGUGGUGCGGGGCCGAGGGUGACUACAAUGUGAUGGUGAUGGAGCUGCUGGGGCCGAGUCUGGAGGAUCUGUUCAACUUCUGCUCACGCAAGUUCAGCCUGAAGACGGUGCUGCUGCUGGCCGACCAGAUGAUCAGCCGUAUCGAAUACAUCCACUCCAAGAACUUCAUCCACAGAGACGUGAAGCCCGAUAACUUCCUCAUGGGGCUCGGUAAGAAGGGCAACCUGGUCUACAUCAUUGACUUCGGCCUGGCCAAGAAAUACCGCGACGCCCGAACGCACCAGCACAUCCCCUACCGCGAGAACAAGAACCUGACCGGCACGGCCCGCUACGCCUCCAUAAACACACAUCUGGGCAUCGAGCAGUCAAGGCGAGACGACCUAGAGUCUCUGGGUUACGUCCUCAUGUACUUCAACCUGGGCUCUCUGCCCUGGCAAGGCCUCAAAGCUGCAACCAAGAGGCAGAAAUACGAACGAAUCAGUGAGAAGAAAAUGUCCACGCCCAUCGAGGUCCUCUGCAAAGGCUACCCAUCGGAGUUUGCCACCUACCUGAACUUCUGCCGCUCCCUGCGGUUCGAUGACAAACCUGACUACUCGUACCUCCGUCAGCUCUUUAGGAACCUCUUCCACAGACAGGGCUUCUCUUACGACUACGUGUUCGACUGGAACAUGCUCAAAUUUGGCGCCAACAGGGCCGUGGAGGAUGCCGAGCGGGAGCGCCGUGAGCGAGAAGAGAGGCUGAGACACAGCAGGAACCCCGGCGCUCGGGGCAUGGCCGGGGCUUCAGGAAGAGCCAGAGCCGCUCAGGACGUCGCGGCCCCCUCCCCCCUCAACCCCACCGCACACACAGGUUUGGAGAAGGAGAGGAAGGUGAGCAUGCGUCUUCAUCGUGGGGCGCCAGUCAACAUCUCCUCCUCAGACCUGACGGGACGACAGGACUCACGCAUGUCCUCACAGGCUCUGUCCCGGGUCACACCGAGCGGCCUCCAGUCUGCGGCUCCACGGUGAAACCCCCACCACCCACCUCCACCUCAUCCACCUGUGCACCAUGGAGGCCUCAACACACACCUGCAGCACACACACUCAGACACACACGCACUGACUCACACAGGACUGUUUCUAACACAGAGACGACCAACCAGAGUCCAGAGCUCUGGUUCCUUCACUGAUGAGUGUGUGAGUGCCUGAGUGUGUGUGAGAGAGAGAGAGAGUGAGAGAGAGAGAGAGGCGGGCAGGUGGAGUCACUCUGGUUGCCUUAACAACGUCGGCAAAGUAGCAGCCACAUCCUCCCUCCUUCCUCCUCCUCCUCCUCUUCUUUAAUGUUGAUGAAGCCAUGGAUCCUCUGGCGUCUUUUUUGUUUUUUAACUUUGAUUUUACUCGUUUUUGUUCUUUAGCAUUAAUCCUCUGAGCUCCACUGGUCGUUCUUCAGCAGAGAGAGACGAGUCUGUUAGCUGUUGGACUUUUUAAACAUGGAGAUGGCAGCGUUAAAGGACGGUGCUGGGUUGUGCCCUGACUUGUCUUCUUCUUAGGCAUUAGAGUUAAAAUGUGAAGGUAGGACAACCUUUUUGUUUUAAAGAUGGGACAGACGGCCGUUGAACGCUCCCAUAGAACCAGAUUUUGUUCCUUUUUUGUCCUCCUCAGGAUGCCGUAGUGAAUCCAAAAACACGCAGCACGUUUUUCUUUCAGUCUUCAGGUUGUGACUGCCGUGUGCUGCUUGGGGAAAAGGAAGCGGUGGGAUAUUUUCGGGGCUCGGUGCGUGCGCUCUGAAUGGAUGAUGAUGAUGUUUUUGAAUCGGUGCAUAGUGACGUGGCUUUGUGUGCGUGUUUGUGUGGUUCUGUCGUAGGCUUUUACGAACUCAAAGGGGGCGGGGUGAACAUGUUGACGGGGAUUUUUAAAACUUUAUUUUAACUCCUUCGCCUCUAAAAUCUUACUCUUGAAAAAUGCGACUGCCAGCUUCCAUUCGAGGUUGAAAUUAAGCUCCUGUAAGCACACCUGUGGCCAUUUUCUACCUGGACCUCUCUACAUGACUGUCCAACCAAACGCUCAGACUUCAGUGUUGCGUCUUUCUUGUUUUGAUUCAUAUCUGCAAAUCAAACCAGAAAAUAAUACUUAAAAUCAGCAUCUGCAGUGCUAUAAACGUGUUUUCCCUGUGGAUGAUUUUUGCUACUAUUCUGUUAUUUCAUUCAUACUGCAGAAAUAAAACUUAGAAAACAAGUCUGUUUUAUUUUGACAGAAUAGUGCUCUCUCUUUUUUGUCCACGAGGCAAACUGCUCCUUAUAGAGAUGCUCAGAUGUUUUUUUUCCACAGUCUCCCAGCUCGUGGGCUUCCAUCCAACCAUGAUAUCAUCUGUGAAGUGAUCGGUAAUUCCUCAGAGCUUCUGGAAGUUUUUUGUUUUUUUCCAGGAAGCAGUGGAGGAUGAUCUUGCCAAGAUUUCCUCUCCUAUGCUUUAGUCAUCGUUUACACCAGCGGUUCUUAACUGGUCAAACUUCAGGACUCGUCUUCACCUCCACUAUGAGAAAUCAUGACCCAAAUAUCAAAAAAUGUCUGUCCUUUCAACGUAUUUAUAGAAAAGUGUUCAAAUUUGGACUUAAGAUGGAGCAAAUAUGGUUUAAAGAGCAGACAGGACAAAAGAGUUUAGGAAGUUGCAGAAGAAAAAUGUAUUCCAUUUCUUAUGACACAUAAAUGUUGGUUGAUUUCUCAGGAUCUUAGGAAUAUUAUGCAUCAUCAUGGGAAAACCAGCUUUGGUAUCCUGAGAUAAAGAGAAUUCACUCUCAAAAAUCUUGAACUUUCAAGGCUGAGCCUGUCCUUAGAGUAAACAAGCGGGUUGGACAAGUUCUAAAUGCUCAUGUUUUGCCACACAUCAGCAGGUUUAAUCUCACUUUAAGCUUCACAUAUACUAUCACUAUCAUGGCUGUGUUUGCUGUGCUUCCUCAUUCAGUCAUCUUGCUUCCUGAUUGCUCAUAAAGAUGCUUGGUGUUCCCUCACAGGACAGGAUACCGAUGGUAAAAACUAAGGGGAGCAGAAAGCUCCUGCAACUUUUGGUAGUUUAGAGAACAAACAGGAUCAUCCAUGAUCCGUGACCCUGAUGAAGGCCUCAAGCUGAAACCCAUCAGUGUGAUAAAGUUGUGCUCUAAACCAGGAGUCCCCAAACUUUCCAGGCUGUGACCCCCCCCCCCCAAAAUAACAACGUCAGAGAUCAGGGCACCUGGAGGCAGUCAAAGCAUGCAAUGUUGCACAAAGCAUCAUGCCGAAAAUUGAGUUAAUUUUAAGAAUACUUUUACAAUAAUGGAUAAAAUAUAAAUCUUUAAAUUAUUUUGAAUUUCAUUGUUUUUUUUGAAAGCAUCCUGCGACCCUCUCUCAGAGUCUCGCGACCCCCCAGUGGUCCUGACAUCCACUUUGGGAACCACUGCUCUAAACAAGUGUUGGAGAUUUGUGUUUCUUUUUCAUCCUCCAUGCACCUUGGAGGUUGAAGUUGUCCAGAAACGCCUGCCCCAGCUCUCUGUGAUCAGAAAAUCUGAACAUGUUAAAUAUUUAUCAUCUCACAUUUAAGUGUCUCUAUUUCAAGAUGAUCAGAGACAAUUAAAUCCCUUGGUAUAGACCCUACACCUCAGGAAAAUCUGAGCAGGUAAUCUUGGGAGCCAUAAGGUACUCUACCUUUGCUGACUUUGGUCAGACGGAGGGAUUCAGGCACAGAUUUAAAAAAAAAUGCGUGGAUGCAUAUCCACUUUGGGUGUCCAUACAUAGAAAUUUUUGGCUCCAUUUCUUCCCAGAGCACGGUUCAUGACCCACUAGCUGCUCCUGACCCACCAGUGGAGAACCACAACUUCAGACAUGAGUUAAUGUGGCAGGAAAACAGGAUUUUUCUCCACAGCAAAGGUACGCGACAUCCUGUCGGCGACCGUGAUCUGGCCCCAUAAAUACCUGACCUCUGUGGUGUUUAUGAUUUAAGAUUAGAAGUCUAAUAUCUGUAUUUACACCUCACAGCUAAGGAUGUUUAGGACUCAGAUGCCACAAACAUUAAAAUAAGGCCAUGCCUUCCCGAUCCUUGGAGGAAAAAUCUGAUUACAGACCGCUGAAUCCUGAUCCUUAAUAGUUAAAUCUCUGCUCAAUCUCUUCAGCUAAAUCAGGCUUUGUUAAUAGAUAAUUUAAAUUUGCUCUCUAGAAUCAGUUUUAGCUCUUAUUCCAUCAUUUAAUAAACUUUCCUCUUCUGUUUUGCUGAUUUCUGCAGAGAAAACUAAACUUCAAAGAGCAGUAGAAACCAUCAGAAGGGACAGAAAUCGAUCUCAAAGCCUAGAUUUUCUCCAGAGCUUUCUUUAGUUUCAGGUCGAUGUGAGAGUCCAGGGUAGAACUCACCCAGGUGUGUUCAGCAGGUUUUGGAGCCUGACUCUUGUCUUAAUGCAGCGGUUUGACUCAGCGUGGGCUGAGCUGAGCCCUGCAGGUUUUGAAGUAGAAGACUCUUGUCGUAGUCGGGGUCCGAGGUUUUCUGUAGUUAAAGAUGGCGGGGUUUGUAGUGAUAAUUGUACACGUUUGUUCUGUUGUUGUGUAUAGGAUGUGCCUGCUCUGUCUAACACGACCAUGAUGAUGAUGAUGAUGAUGUUGAUGACGGCGGUGUAUGGAGGGAACGGGAACGCCUCACUCCGUUAGUUUUUCUUUAAAUCUUCACCUGUGGGCUUGAAAAAAGUGAUUUCCUGUCUGUCACUGAUGCUGGCGCCUGUAGACGUUACACGCUGACAUGAGUUUCUCCUCGGUUUCUCCUCCACAUCCUGUCCUUUUUUUUAACUGUGCAGAGGAGAUGUUUACUCAUGUCCCACAAUGCAUCUCUCACUGUGGAUUCAUGGGAAAUGUUUCUUUUCUCUCCCUCCUUAAGACUAUUGCUCCUUAUUUGUAAUGCCACUGUAUUUGUGUAUUUUAAAACUGUAAAUAAAUUAAUAAGUACUUGUA